GUCGGUGACCUAGUCGCCGUCUAGGCUGUUUUCUCUCUGCAAGCCAAGUAAGGUAGUGAUAACUGGCUGGUAGAUGAAUCUGUGUUCAAGCCAUCACUUUGUCACUUCAUAUUUAAGGUUUUGUUUCUUUUGAAAAAAAAAAUGCUAGGUUCUUUGCCAAUCUUGCCCCUCCCUGCUCCUCCUCUUGACGGAAAUCUUGGCCCUCUUCCUGCAUCUCAAGUUUCUGAUGAGCAGCAGGAUGAAAGGCCUUCAAAUGAGGGGCAGAACACAGCUAACUCAGCGCCUUCAACGGUUGCAACCCACACAAGAACCAUUGGAAUUAUUCAUCCUCCCCCAGAUAUUAGAACCAUUGUUGACAAAACUGCUCAGUUUGUUGCAAAGAAUGGCCCAGAGUUUGAAAAGAGGAUUAUUGCAAAUAAUGCUGGCAAUGUGAAGUUCAAUUUUUUGAAUGCAUCGGAUCCCUACCAUGCAUAUUAUCAACACCGGUUGUCCGAAUCGCGUGCUCAAAAUCUGUCUUCUGCACAGCAGCCUACUGAUUCUGCUGUGGCUGAGUUGCUCCCAUCUGCGCCAGCUGCUGAUGGUAAUGAAGCGGCAGCAGCAAAGGUUGAUCUGUCUGCCCUGUUUAAACCUGUUCGUAAAGUUCUUGAGCCCCCAGAAGCUGAACAGUAUACUGUUCGGCUUCCUGAAGGGAUUACUGGUGAAGAACUUGAGAUAAUCAAGCUCACUGCUCAGUUUGUGGCUCGGAAUGGGAAAUCAUUCUUGACAGGAUUGACAAGCAGGGAAAUCAAUAACCCCCAGUUCCAUUUUUUGAAGCCAACCCACAGUAUGUUCAUGUUUUUCACUUCGCUUGCUGAUGCAUAUUCAAAAGUCUUAAUGCCUCCAAAGGGUUUGACAGAGAAGCUAAAGAAGAGUGUUGCUGACAUGACAACUGUGCUUGAACGAAGUAUGAAUCGCCUCGAGUGGGAGCGUUCUCAAGAGCAGGCCAGGCAGAAAGCUGAGGAUGAAAAGGAGCAGGAAAGAGUAGAGAUGGCCAUGAUUGAUUGGCAUGAUUUUGUUGUGGUUGAAAUGAUAGAUUUUGCUGAUGAUGAGGAUGAGGAUUUACCCCCUCCAAUGACCCUUGAGGAGGUUAUAAGGAGAAGUAAGGUGUCAGUUAUGGACGAAGAUAUUGUUGAGCCAGGAAAGGUUGUGGAGAUGGAAAUGGAUGAAGAAGAAGUGCGGCUUGUUGAAGAGGGAAUGAGGGUAACAAGUAUUGAAGAGAAUGAUGAUGGAAAGAAGAAUGAGAUGAUGGUAACAGAGGAACCAGAGCCACCAAUGCGAAUUGUGAAGAACUGGAAGAGACCAGAGGAGAGGAUCCCUGCAGAAAGAGACCCAACAAAAUUCGUUGUUUCCCCAAUUACUGGUGAGCUAAUCCCCAUUAAUGAGAUGUCCGAACACAUGAGGAUUUCCCUCAUUGAUCCCAAGUACAAAGAGCAGAAAGAAAGGAUGUUUGCUAAAAUUCGGGAGACUACACUUGCUCAGGACGACGAGAUCUCCAGGAACAUUGUAGGACUUGCCCGAACCCGUCCGGAUAUUUUUGGUACCACAGAAGAAGAAGUCUCUAAUGCUGUCAAGGCUGAGAUUGAGAAGAAGAAAGAUGAGCAACCAAAGCAAGUUAUAUGGGAUGGUCACUCUGGAAGCAUUGGGCGCACUGCAAACCAGGCCAUGUCUCAAAAUAUCAAUGGAGAGGAUCAAAAUGAUGCUGGUAAUAAUGAUGCAAGAAACCUUCCUGGCCCCGCAGCUCUUCCACCUAGGCCUGGCAUGCCAUCAGUUCGUCCACUUCCUCCUCCACCUGGACUAGCCUUGAAUCUUCCUCGUUUGCCCCCAAACACAGUCCAGUAUUCUGCUCCAAGUAGUGUCGGGCUCCCUGUACCCCAACCCAGGCCACCAGUUAUGCAAAUGAUUCCUUCAGUACGGCCACCUCCACCUCCAAUGCCAAUAACUUCUGGACAACAAUCUCUUUUGGUGAAUCGACCACCCCAAAUGCCAACCAUGAAUGCUACUAGUAUUCCUGUACCGCCUCCACCUGGUUCUCAGUUUAUGCAUGUGCCAGUUCCCCGAUCUUUUGUUCCUCUUCCUGUGCAUCAACCUACCAUGCCUAUGAUGCCCCCACCGCCUUUGCCUCAAGGAAUGCCUCCACCACCACCACCUGAGGAAGCUCCUCCACCGCUUCCGAAUGAACCAGAGCCAAAGAGGCAGAAGCUCGAUGAUUCUUUGCUUAUUCCAGAAGACCAAUUUCUUGCUCAGCAUCUGGGGCCUGUUCGUAUCACUGUCUCUGUUCCCAAUGUUGAUGAAGGAAAUCUCAAAGGGCAGCUUCUGGAGAUUACAGUGCAGUCCUUAUCUGAAACUAUUGGCAGUCUGAAGGAGAAAAUUGCAGGGGAGAUCCAGCUUCCUGCCAAUAAACAGAAAUUGAGUGGAAAACCUGGCUUUCUCAAGGACAAUUUGUCGCUGGCAUAUUACAACAUUGGAGCAGGAGAAACACUUAACCUUUCUUUAAGAGAGCGUGGUGGUAGAGGCUUAUGCCCUACAAAUUUGUUCCAUUUUUCUGCAAUGUUCUCCUCAGACCAGCCAUUGGACCAGCCAAUAAGCAAGCAAUGGCUGGGAGAGUUGAUGCUUUCUGAUGCCAUUUUUCUUACUACAGAAAAGCAUGGAUCAGAAAGAGACCCAACAAAAUUCGUUGUUUCCCCAAUUACUGGUGAGCUAAUCCCCAUUAAUGAGAUGUCCGAACACAUGAGGAUUUCCCUCAUUGAUCCCAAGUACAAAGAGCAGAAAGAAAGGAUGUUUGCUAAAAUUCGGGAGACUACACUUGCUCAGGACGACGAGAUCUCCAGGAACAUUGUAGGACUUGCCCGAACCCGUCCGGAUAUUUUUGGUACCACAGAAGAAGAAGUCUCUAAUGCUGUCAAGGCUGAGAUUGAGAAGAAGAAAGAUGAGCAACCAAAGCAAGUUAUAUGGGAUGGUCACUCUGGAAGCAUUGGGCGCACUGCAAACCAGGCCAUGUCUCAAAAUAUCAAUGGAGAGGAUCAAAAUGAUGCUGGUAAUAAUGAUGCAAGAAACCUUCCUGGCCCCGCAGCUCUUCCACCUAGGCCUGGCAUGCCAUCAGUUCGUCCACUUCCUCCUCCACCUGGACUAGCCUUGAAUCUUCCUCGUUUGCCCCCAAACACAGUCCAGUAUUCUGCUCCAAGUAGUGUCGGGCUCCCUGUACCCCAACCCAGGCCACCAGUUAUGCAAAUGAUUCCUUCAGUACGGCCACCUCCACCUCCAAUGCCAAUAACUUCUGGACAACAAUCUCUUUUGGUGAAUCGACCACCCCAAAUGCCAACCAUGAAUGCUACUAGUAUUCCUGUACCGCCUCCACCUGGUUCUCAGUUUAUGCAUGUGCCAGUUCCCCGAUCUUUUGUUCCUCUUCCUGUGCAUCAACCUACCAUGCCUAUGAUGCCCCCACCGCCUUUGCCUCAAGGAAUGCCUCCACCACCACCACCUGAGGAAGCUCCUCCACCGCUUCCGAAUGAACCAGAGCCAAAGAGGCAGAAGCUCGAUGAUUCUUUGCUUAUUCCAGAAGACCAAUUUCUUGCUCAGCAUCUGGGGCCUGUUCGUAUCACUGUCUCUGUUCCCAAUGUUGAUGAAGGAAAUCUCAAAGGGCAGCUUCUGGAGAUUACAGUGCAGUCCUUAUCUGAAACUAUUGGCAGUCUGAAGGAGAAAAUUGCAGGGGAGAUCCAGCUUCCUGCCAAUAAACAGAAAUUGAGUGGAAAACCUGGCUUUCUCAAGGACAAUUUGUCGCUGGCAUAUUACAACAUUGGAGCAGGAGAAACACUUAACCUUUCUUUAAGAGAGCGUGGUGGUAGAAAAAGAUGAACAGCUUUCUUGACCAGGGCAUUUAAGGUGGUUGUUGGAACUUUCUUGUUACCAUGAGAGUAUUCCAUAUAUUAUUGUUGAACUUUGUUAUUCUAUCUUCAUCGAUGUUAUGUUGGAAAUGCUGUAUCACUAGAAUGACUUUCUGAACUUGUUCUUUUGUCCUAACCUUACUGUAUAGUAUCUAAGGGCAACAAGUUCCUUUUUCUUAGGCUGAUCAAGUCAUCUACUUAUUGCUACUAAUCAUCUUCUCCUUUUGCA